UCGUUGUGCUGUUGCAUGUUUCUGUCACAUAAUAAUGAGACAAAUAUCUGUUGUAUUUGAUGCCCGUGGAAUAAAAUGCCAUCGGGUUCUGUUUCGUCUUGUUUUGCACAGACGUGGGCACAUUUUGCAUAGCUGCAGCUCAAAUGACAACGCAGCAAACAGACGUGAGAUGUUAAAGCCGCAGCAGUCUCCUCUCCACGCUGCCCUUUAAUCUCAGCGGGCAAACUACAUGGAUAAAACUAUAACGUCCUCCCAUGAGCUGACGUUUGAUAGUCGUGAAUUAAUCGUCAACUUUAAACACUGGCGCGCGCACGGACACACACACACACACGCACGCGCUGGCACACACAAACACACAUCGUGCGCAGCUUCUGGUUAAGUGGCCGGGGCGGGACACUGCGUGGGACGAGGCGGGGACAGCAGGCAGGCGGGCGGACGGCGUGUUGGUCGGGUUGGUGGACAGCUGAUUGUCCGUGUUAUUAACUUUGCGCUGGGGAAAAGGGGAGGGGGGGCGUUCCUGCUCGCCUUGUAGACCACGCCUCCCUCACCUACUAGUUCUCUCCUGUUUGGCAUCCCAGAGAUGGUCCAAAGUGAUUCCUCAGGGAAGAAUAGAGCGCAAAUCACCCGAGCAGGAGCUGACGAGGAGCGGAGCUGCUGUUGCCCAGGACUGCCUCUUAAUUGCGCGUCAUCUCCCGUUUCAUUCAUCUGAGCAGAGGAGAAGAAUUUGCAAAAUAAAGACCGGGGCGAACUGGGGUGAAACGUGCUUCAUCUUCCUGGUUUUCCCUCUCGCUGUGGACCGUUUGUUGCAGAAACUGACAUUUUUGCUUCUGUUUUUGUAAAGCUGCACGUUGCGCCGGCGGUCUGUCGCCAACUCAGUGCAGUUUCUCAUCCUGCGCUUCCCCUUUCAUCGCUCUCACGUUGUUCAUCUUCAUAGCUGCUGCUCCCCUCCCCUCCCCACCCCACACACUCCUCUGUUUCUUCUGGAGUCGCUGACAUGAGUUGCAGCUAACCCUGGAUGCUGACAGCUCCCCUUUUCCUUCCGCAUGUCGCAUAUUUUGUUUACUUUGAGAAACACACGCGCAACUAAACGCCAAGUGAAAUAGACCACGCCACUUUGCUCCUCUGACAGCGCGAUCAAACGGACGCAAGAGGAGGGGAGGCAGGAGAAAAGGAGGGAGCCAAGGAGAGGAGGAUAGAGAGAGAGAGGAGAGAGAGAGAGAGGGUGUGUGUGUGUGUAAGGGAGAGAGAGAGAGAGAGAGACAGCGACAGAGUGAAGGUGCGUUUUGAUGUUUGGCAUCCACGAGAGCAUCCAGAGGAGUGGGAGUAGUAUGAAAGAAGAGCCCAUGGUGGCCGGGAUGAACGCGGUUCGGACAUGGAUGCAGGGCGCCGGAGUGCUGGACGCCAACACAGCCGCCCAGAGCGGAGUGGGUCUCGCUCGGGCACACUUUGAGAAACAGCCGCCCUCCAACCUUCGCAAGUCCAACUUCUUCCACUUCGUGUUGGCCUUAUACGACAGGCAGGGUCAGCCCGUGGAAAUAGAGAGAACCACCUUCGUGGACUUUGUGGAAAAGGAAAAGGAAACGACGGGGGAAAAGACCAACAAUGGGAUCCAUUAUAGACUUCAGCUCCUCUACAGUAACGGGAUCAGGACAGAGCAGGACUUGUACGUUCGUCUCAUUGACUCCAUGACUAAACAGGCAAUUGUCUAUGAGGGCCAAGAUAAAAACCCAGAGAUGUGUCGGGUCCUGUUGACCCACGAGAUCAUGUGCAGUCGAUGCUGUGAUAAGAAGAGUUGUGGCAACAGGAACGAGACCCCAUCAGACCCUGUCAUCAUCGACAGGUUCUUCCUCAAGUUCUUCCUGAAGUGUAACCAGAACUGCCUGAAGAAUGCAGGGAACCCUCGGGACAUGAGGCGUUUUCAGGUGGUUGUGUCGACCACGGUGAGCGUGGAGGGUCACGUCCUUUCGGUGUCCGACAACAUGUUCGUGCACAACAACUCCAAACACGGGCGCCGAGCUCGAAGACUGGAUCCCUCGGAAGGAACGCCAUCCUACCUGGAACACGCAACCCCCAGCAUCAAAGCCAUCAGCCCGAGUGAAGGCUGGACCACAGGAGGCGCCACUGUCAUCAUCAUCGGGGACAACUUUUUUGACGGCCUGCAGGUCAUCUUCGGAACCAUGCUGGUCUGGAGUGAGCUGAUCACCCCCCAUGCCAUUCGUGUGCAAACUCCACCCAGACACAUCCCCGGGGUGGUGGAGGUCACGCUGUCCUACAAAUCCAAACAGUUCUGCAAAGGCACACCUGGCCGCUUCAUCUACACAGCGCUAAACGAGCCAACCAUAGACUAUGGCUUCCAGAGGUUACAGAAGGUCAUCCCCAGACAUCCCGGAGACCAAGAGAGAUUGCCCAAGGAGGUCAUCUUAAAGAGAGCAGCAGACCUGGUAGAGGCUUUGUAUGGGAUGCCUCACAAUAACCAGGAGAUGAUUCUGAAACGAGCAGCAGAUAUUGCAGAGGCCCUCUACACAACAGUGCCACGGGGGCACAACCAGCUAGCCAGUCUUGGCAGCGGCUCCGUCCAUGCUGGCAUGAUGGCCGUAAACUCCUUCACUGGGUCAGACGUGGCACAGACAGCCAAUCAGGGUUUCAGUAGGAGUACAAGCAGUGUGUCCCCUCAUGGUUAUGUCCCCAGCUCCACUCCUCAGCAGAGUAGCUACAGCUCUGUCUCCACUAGCAUGAAUGGCUACGCUAACUCUGGCAUGGCAACCUUGGGCACCUCGCCCAACUUCCUCAAUGGAUCUGCAGGCAAUUCGCCCUAUGCUAUUGUCCCAUCAAGCCCCACGAUGGCCUCGUCGACCAGCCUGCCCUCCAACUGCAGCAGCUCCUCCGGCAUCUUCUCCUUCUCCCCGGCCAACAUGGUGUCUGCCGCCGUCAAGCAGAAGAGCGCAUUCGCCCCUGUUGUGCGACCCCAGAACUCCCCUCCACCCACAUGCACCAGCGCUAAUGCUAACAGCCUGCAAGAUCAGUCUUUUGUGGACUCUAGCAAGUACUCAUCAGCCAACGCUCUGCAGGGCCUGGCCUUCUCCUGAACAGCGAUUCCUGGGAUGAUCGUUCCGCCCAUGUAGAGGAUCUGGGAUAGCUGGAGAUUUGGGAAUGUUGAGAGGAAAAGACACAGUAGCAGAGUCUGGCGAGCCUCUGUUAAGCUCCGGAGCUCAAGAUAAGACGCAGGACUCUGUUAAACUCAGGCCUUUCCAUUGGGAUUUCAUCUGAAGGGAUAUGGGAGGAGAAAAAGGGGACAAUACAAACCUUUCUGAUGUAAUUUCCCUCUUGGUUGAAUUAGUGUAGCUUCUCUGACACCUUUGGACGGAGUGUAUAGAGACUGAUAGUUUACCCAGAGUGUGACACUGACCUCAUGAAAAGAGCAUUUAUUUAUCUUUAUGUUUAUGCCUGUAAGGUUUGGGUUUGAUUACUGGAGGCCCCACGCCGUCUUGCAAUCUGUAACUCGCGCAAACAACGGGGAAGUGUUGGUUUGGCCGUGAAGUUUACGUAACCUCUGUCACAAUAGAAGACCCUUUCUGUAGCUCAGCUUGCUCACUAAAACCACAUAAGAACACGCUGGCCAAAUGGAACUAAGGUCAACAACUCAAAAAAGCAAAGAAAUAAAGAAAAAAACAAAAUCAACCCUCAGUUGUGCUGCUAAUUAUCCCAUAAAUCUAAAAGUGGUAUAACGAAAUCACCCUAUGCUAAUACAACAUCAGAAAACAUGCCUUUCUUUUUUUUUUUUUUUUUUUUUUUUUUUUUUUUUUUGGUUUGUUUAUUUGAACUUUAAUAAAACUGUGAGGUUUGAGCUGUUUGCAAUAUGCUUCUCUGCUUGUCGUGCGAAGAAAAAUCUGAUGAUUUAGCCAAAAUUGACAUUUUGUCUGAGAUUUUAGGGAAGACUUGAAAAGCCAGAGGAUGUGUGCGUCCAGCCAGCACUGUUCUGAAGGAGUCUAGUAAAUAUCAAAUUAGAAUAAUUGCGUGAUAUAUGUGAUAUAUUUUUGUAUAUAAGAAAAAUGUUGAGUUUUCAUUUGACAUUGCUUUUCUUUUUUGCGAUAGCUAUAGUUUGAAAUGUAAACAUUAAAUGUCUUAAGGCAGCUUCUCAGUACAGAAGAUAGAUUUACUGUGUGUUGUCAAUAUCUCUUCUGCUAAACACGAGAAACUUGGAUUUGGAUACAAAAAGGGGAUUCCUGUAAAAUAUCCUAUAAAUAAUGUAUUUAUCCCUUGUAUUUGUACAUUGCCUCUCACCCUUGUUUAACUGUGUUGUGUAAGUUCAAUACAGUAAGUGAACAUAUUUCACAGUGUUUUGUUUCAUUAUUUACUAUUGUCUCUCACUAUUUAAAUGUGACCCUUUUUUUUAUCUUAUUUGUUUUGUAUGUUGAUUGUUUUGCAUUGGUAUACCAUGGUUUCAUUUGUUGAUUCAAAAACAUGCCAUUGUCUAUUUUUGUAUUAUUUGUAAGUUAAUAAAAAAAAUUUCAGUUUUUUUCCUUAUGAAAAUGUUUAUUGUAUGGCAAAAAAAGUAGCAUCUUAUUAAGAGUAUUUGGUUGAAGUAGAUUUUUUAAGAAUAUAUACACACAUUAAUAUAUACUGUAAAUCUAUAUCUUUUUGUUUGAACUCUUUGAGGCUUUCAGAUUGAUACUGUUCUUGAGCUGAUAAUAUGCAUGGGUUCUUCUCUUGACUGACACUUUGUUUUUUCGUGUGCUGAAACCGAGAGAACUAAGAAAUUGCUCUGUGUUUUUCUUUCUUUGAGUUCCUCUUUCCCCCCCCCUCUGUUUUUUUUACUUUUCCUAUGUUAUUUAUGCCUGCUUACAUACUGUAUCUAUAUACUCUUUCUUUUUUUCUGUCACUGUAAUCUUUACCAGCAGUCUAGAUGCCUUAACAAUGCAAACCCAUUCUUCAUUCAAUCACGUGUACAGUUUUCUACCCUCACCACAAUUGUCCAUUGCCACAGAGGAAUUCAUGGGAACUUGGGGACGAAGCACAAACCCACUCUGUUUGGUUGUGAAGCCAGACUAGAAGACAAAGAGCCAUAAUUCAACAAUCACACACACCCCGAUGUACUAUAAUACCAUGGCAAUGGCACACUUUGAAGGACAGUCGUCACUGAAAGGCCUGUCCCAGCUGUGCUCAUUGCACUUUAGUGUUCACAGAAACACUUUGUGUCUUUUUUGUAGCUAUUAUGUAGCUUUUUUUUUAAAUUAAUGAAAAAAUUUCGACUGCAUGCUGGUAAUAUUUCUCAUUAACCACAGGAUCACAACAGUAUGACAACACAGAGCUGUGUUAAUUGUAGUACAACGGGGAGCACAGUGAAGACAAGCACUGUCACAGCACAAUUUUAAUCCAACACAUGGAGUCGUAGGGCUGACUCCAAUAUUUGACAGUUGAUCCCCCAGUCCCUCUCUCCCUUUAUUAGCCUUUGGACAAUACAGCUUCAUUACAAGUUAACAGAACAAGAACAAGUGAGGAAGCAUGAAAGGGAGCUCCUUUGGCCCCUUAGCCAUUUCUAUAGUCUUUUCUUUGUGUCUGCCGUGUGUCUUCAAGCUGUUGCUGGACAGAGAAUAGGGCUUUUCUCUCUGCUUUUCUUUUCUAGAGCCUGGUUUUGUUAAGUGGAUAGAAAGGACGUUUUAACAGAGGCGCCUGCUGACAGACGAGUGUUUUUCAGGCACUUGUGUGCCUGUGCUGGUUGGGCCGAGGUGGGAGGGGCUGCACCAUAUCUGUUUCAAAUGAACUACAGAGGUCUGUUGUCAUACAAUGGCUUCUUUGUAAGCAUAAGUCCCAUCCUGAUUAUGAAUAUUGGUACUGGGUGACAAAGUUUUGUAUUUAGGUAACAAACAAAAAAAAAAAAAAAAAAAGAUGCAAACCAAAUAGCUGGUGUCUAUUUUUCCUCAGUUUUGUCUUUGACUGCAAAUACACUGAACAGCUCUAUGAUAUAAGGGAAGAAAAAAAAUUCUACUGUAUAGAUUGUUAUUGUUUUUGAUGAAAAUUGAGCUGUAAGAUAACUUUUGGACUCUCACAAUGUUGAAUUAAAGUUACCUCUUGUCUGUGA